UUGCGCGCUGAACACCGCCGGGUAAAACUCACUCUGAUCAAAGCUCUCAGCGGGCUGCUGCUGGACGGAGGGACAGAAGGGGACAUGUGUUAUAAAGGUCUUCACCAAUACGGAUUCAGGCUGCUGUGAGGAAUCCCUGACCCAACAUGGCCUUCUUCCAGAACCACUUCUGGGGAGAGAAGAACACUGGAUUUGAUGUUCUUUACCACAACAUGAAGCAUGGCCAGCUGGCUACCAAGGAGCUGGCUGAGUUUGUUCGCGAGAGGGCUGCUGUCGAGGAGACCUACUCCAAAUCCAUGUGCAAGCUGUCGAAGAUGGCCAGCAGCGGGAGUCCUCAGGGGACCUUCGCCCCGCUGUGGGACGUGUUCCGGGUGUCGUCGGACAAGCUGGCGCUCUGCCACCUGGAGCUCAUGAGGAAGAUGAACGACCUGAUCCGGGACGUCAACAAGUACGGCGAGGAGCAGGGCAAGACCCACCGCAAGACGAAGGAGGAGGUGGUGGGCACCCUGGAGGCGGUGCAGGGGCUGCAGGGGCACAGCGCCCAGCUGCAGAAGGCCCGGGAGGCCUACCACUCCCGCUGCGGGGAGCUGGAGCGCCUCCGGAAGGAGGCGGCGCCGCAGAAGGAGGUGGAGAAGGCGGAGCUGAAGUCUAAGAAGGCGGCGGAGGCGCUGGCGGUCAGCAUCGAGAAGUACAACCGCGUGGGCGCAGAGUUCCAGCAGAAGAUGAGCGACUCUGCCCAGAAGUUCCAGGACAUCGAGGAGGCCCACCUGCGACAGAUGAAGCUGCUGAUCAAGGGCUACUCCCACUCCAUCGAGGACACCCAUGUCCAGGUGGGCCAGGUCCAUGAGGAGUUCAAGCAGAAUGUUGAGAACAUUGGAACGGACAAUCUGCUCCAGAAGUUUGCAGAGCAGAAGGGGACGGGCAAGGAGAGACCAGCGGUGGUGGGCUUCGAGGAGUACAUGCCCGCCCUGGUGGUCGAAGGAGGGAAGAAGAGCCGAGGGAAAGCGUUCCGGAUCCCUGGCCUGGGCAGGCGGGACAAGGAGCCUGACUCCUCGGAUUCGGCCGUAAUGGAGGCACUGAACUCCCCGCUGGAUGUGGACGAGGAAGGCUUUGUGAUCCGAGCUGACGACGACCAGAACGGCUGCGCAGACAGCAAGGACAGACACUUCUACUCCAGCGACUCCGACUUCGACGACGAGGAGCCCAAGAAGUUCCACAUCCAGAUCCGCCCGGUGGCCAGCGGCCGCCACUGCACCGCCGCCGCCGAGAAGGAGCUGAAGGCCACCGUGGGGGCGCUGACCCUGCCCCCCAACCGGGCGGUGCCAGUCAAACGCCAGCUCUCCAGAGCCUCUAGCACCACAGGAGGUCACUCUGAAGGAGACGGUGAGGCUGCCGCUCACAGGGAUGGAGAGCCGGAGGGUUUACGCAGAUCAACCUCCAGCCCAAAUCACAGCAGGUUGAGCUCCACUGCCUCGGGCUCUGACAGUCUGUUCGGACCCCCGCUGGACUCCGCCUUCAGGUCCAGGUCGUUGGCCGGCCGGGAGCCGCUGAGGGAGCAGGGCGCCUUCGGGGCCUCUGAGUACGGGGCCUUCUCGUCGGACUCCUCCUCCCCAGAGAACGUGGAGGACUCUGGGCUGGACUCGCCGUCCCACCAGCCCCUGGGGCCGUCCCCGGAGCCCGUGGGCUGGGUGGCGUGGCCCCACAGCGCCCCCUACAGCAAGGAGGCCGCCCAGCAGAGCCUGGGCCGGCCCGCUGACCCCUUCCUGUCCGCCUUCCGGGACCCCUCCCCGGGGCGCGGCCCCCAGGACGGGCCCCAGGAGGCGUGGCCGGCCCCGUCCCGCUCCCCCUGGGGCCCGCCGGACCCGGACCCCCCCGCCGCCCGCCUCCCCGCCUUCGCCCAGAGCACGCCGCCGCCGGCCGCGCCGUGGGGCGCCGUCCCGGCGGGGGACCCCUUCCUGACGGCCUUUGAGAAGACGGUUGCCGCGGAGACGGCGCCCUCGCCCAGCGCCUGGCCCGCCCCGCCCCGGGAGGGGCGGGGUCCGAGGGAGGGGCGCGGGGACCCCUUCUCCGUCUCCCUCGGCGCCAACAAGACUCUGCCCCUCCCCUCCUCCUCCUCCAGGACCUCCUCCAAUCACAGAGGGCGAGAGAGGAGGCGGGACCGGAGCAUGCCGCCCCCGACGACCUCCGACGACCCGUUCGCCAUCACGAUGAUCGGCAGCCCGACGCACCAGUCCUCUCUGACCUCCCCGGCCCCGCCCCCGGCCCCGCCCCCCAGCGGCCGGCUAGCCGCUAGCGUUAGCGCCGGGUGCCUGUCGGUAGCGCCGCCGCGGAAGGAGCUGCUCAGCUGGAACUCGGUCCACAACCCCUUCAGCGACGGCCCCCCGCCGACCCCGCCCCCGCAGGAGGAGGGAGGAAGAGGAGAGGGAGGAAGAGGACGGGGGGCGGAGAGGAGGAAGCAGCGCUCCUCCGACGGGGAGCCGCGGCGCAACGCCCCGCCCCUCACGCGCCACUCGGGGCCGCAGGAGGACCUGUGCUUCUCCACAGACAAGGACCAGGACUGCCUGGAGCUCAGCGGGCCGCCGGCCGCGGCCAGGGCCCCCCAGCAGGGUGCCCCGUCGGUCCUCAGACAGGACAGCGCUGAGCUGCUGGCCGCCGCCCCCCCCCAGCCCUCCCGCUCCAAGAGGCUGUCGGGCCGGGCCCCCGGCUCUGAAAGGUCCCGGUCGCUGUGCUCGUCGCCCCUGCCGGACCCCAGCCCCCCCUCCUCCUCCUCCUCCAGCCCCAGUGAGUGGGGGUCCCAGGCCAGGGAGGAGUGGGGGUCCCAGGCCAGGGAGGAGUGGGGGUCCAAGAAUCGAGACGUCUCGCCGCUGCCCUAUCUGCACCAGGAGCACCCCCCCAGACACUUGCACCUGUCACGAGGCCCCAGCCCCAUCUCGCUGAGCCCCCAGGACGCCUGGCCCGUGGCCGCCGCCAUCACCGAGUACAUCAACGCCUACUUUAAGGGCGGGCAGCACAACCGCUGUCUGGUGAAGAUCACCGGCGACCUCACCAUGUCCUUCCCCGCCGGAUUCACGCGCAUCUUCACAGCCAAUCCCAACACUCCUGUACUCAGCUUCCGAUUGGUCAACAUCUCCAGGGUGGACCACUUUCUACCCAAUCAGAAGCUGCUCUACAGUGACCCCUCCCAGAGCGACCCUGACUCCAGGGACAUGUGGUUCAACAUGUGGGCUCUGGAGCAGCACCUGAAGCGCGAGGCGGAGCUGAACCCCGGGGCGUCGUACUACAACGUGGGCCUGCUCAAGUAUCAGGUCAGAGGAGCACCUGAUCUACCCUACACCAUCUAGAACUACCCUAUACCAUCUAGAACUAUCACUGCCCUAUACCAUCUAUAACUAACAAGUACCAGGUCAGAGGAGCACCUGAUCUACCCUACACCAUCUAGAACUACCCUAUACCAUCUAGAACUAUCACUACCCUAUACCAUCUAGAACUAUCACUACCCUAUACCAUCUAGAACUAUCACUACCCUAUACCAUCUAGAACUAUCACUACCCUAUACCAUCUAGAACUAUCACUACCCUAUACCAUCUAGAACUAAAACUACCCUUUACCAUCUAGAACUAUCACUACCCUAUACCAUCUAGAACUAAAACUACCCUUUACCAUCUAGAACUAUCACUACCCUAUACCAUCUAGAACUAUCACUACCCUAUACCAUCUAGAACUAUCACUACCCUUUACCAUCUAGAACUAUCACUACCCUAUACCAUCUAUAACUAUCACUACCCUAUACCAUCUAGAACUACCCUAUACCAUCUAUAACUAUCACUACCCUAUACCAUCUAGAACUACCCUAUACCAUCUAGAACUAUCACUACCCUAUACCAUCUAGAACUAAAACUACCCUUUACCAUCUAGAACUAUCACUACCCUAUACCAUCUAGAACUACCCUAUACCAUCUAGAACUAUCACUACCCUAUACCAUCUAGAACUAUAACUACCCUAUACCAUCUAGAACUACCCUAUACCAUCUAGAACUAUCACUACCCUAUACCAUCUAGAACUAAAACUACCCUUUACCAUCUAGAACUAUUACGGUUGCACCGAAAUGAAAAUUCUUGUCCAAAAGCCGAAACCGAAUACCGAAUGUGGCUUUUCCAUUUUUUCAUUCAUUUUGCUUUAAUUUUU